AUGGAGCGGGGUGCGCGCCGCGCGCUGGGGCUGUGGCUGCUGCUGCUGCCGCUGCUGCUCCUGCCUCCCGGGCAGGGCCGCCAGGAGGCAGGUUCCAAAUGGAAAGUGUUUAUUGACCAAAUUAACAGGGCUUUGGAGAAUUACGAACCAUGUUCAAGUCAAAACUGCAGCUGCUACCAUGGUGUCAUAGAAGAGGAUCUGACUCCUUUCCGAGGAGGUAUCUCAAGAGAGAAGAUGGCGGAGGUAGUCAGGCGGAAGCUGGGAACUCACUAUCAGAUCAUUAAGAACAGAUUAUACCGAGAAAAUGACUGCAUGUUUCCCUCAAGAUGCAGCGGAGUGGAACACUUUAUUUUGGAAAUUAUCGGGCACCUUCCUGACAUGGAGAUGGUGAUCAAUGUUCGAGAUUAUCCUCAGGUUCCUAAAUGGAUGGAGCCUGCCAUUCCAGUCUUCUCCUUCAGCAAGACAUCAGAGUACCAUGAUAUCAUGUAUCCUGCUUGGACCUUUUGGGAAGGGGGGCCCGCUGUUUGGCCAAUUUAUCCUAUGGGUCUUGGACGGUGGGACCUCUUCAGAGAAGACCUGGUAAGGUCAGCAGCACAGUGGCCAUGGAAAAAGAAAAACUCCACAGCGUAUUUCCGAGGAUCAAGGACAAGUCCAGAACGAGAUCCUCUCAUUCUUCUAUCUCGGAAAAAUCCAGAACUUGUUGAUGCAGAGUACACCAAAAACCAGGCCUGGAAGUCUACAAAAGAUACCUUGGGAAAGCCAGCUGCUAAGGAUGUCCAUCUUGUGGAUCACUGCAAAUACAAGUAUCUGUUUAAUUUUCGAGGUGUAGCUGCAAGUUUCCGGUUCAAACACCUCUUCCUGUGUGGUUCUCUAGUUUUCCAUGUUGGUGAUGAGUGGCUGGAAUUCUUCUAUCCACAGCUGAAGCCAUGGGUUCACUAUAUCCCAGUCAAAACAGAUCUCUCCAAUGUCCAGGAACUGUUGCAUUUUGUAAAAGCAAAUGAUGACAUAGCUCAAGAAAUCGCUGAAAGAGGAAGCCAAUUCAUUAUGAACCAUUUGAGGAUGGAUGACAUCACCUGUUACUGGGAGAACCUGCUGACCGAAUACGCUAAAUUCCUGUCCUAUAAUGUAACAAGAAGGAAAGGUUAUGAUCAGAUUAAUCCCAAAAUUUUGAAAACUGAACUCUAA